AUGGCUAUUACAAAUGGUUCAACUAUUUGUUUUGCUAAAAAUCCAAAAUUAUUAGUUGGAAAUUACUUAUUAGAUGUCAUUAAAUGUAAUGAAAUAGAAGCAAUGACAGUUGUACCGACUAUCUUGGCUACCAUUUCACCUGAUAAGUGUAGUCAAACUUUCAAAUAUCUUGAGGUCGGUGGAGAAGUUCUUCCAAAUAAUUUAGCUUACCUUUGGAAGAAUCGUCUUACGAAGUUUUUCAAUUCUUAUGGUCCUACUGAAGUAGGUGUUAUUGUAACAAAUUAUAAUAUCAUACCUGAAAAGAGCCUUGUGACAUUCGGAUCUGCAGUUGGAACUCCACGUGAUCACACUUCUAUAUAUAUCUGUGAUCCAAUAACGCAAGAAUUAUUAAGUAAUAAAGGAGAAAUAUUGAUUGGUGGUGCUGGAUUAGCGCGAGGAUAUUUAAACCGGGAAGAUGUUACUAAAGAACGUUUUAUAUUCCAUCCAAUAUUACAAAAACGUUUAUAUCGUACUGGUGAUCAAGGAUGUAUUCUGGAAGAUG